GAAGCGUCGUCGCCUCGCCUUGCGACGCGUCGCAGUCACUGUCUCUGUCUCCGUCUACGUCUACGUCUCAGUUGAGUCUCAGUCGCUGUGCUGGCGACGCGCGUCGUUUUGUGGGUUCGUUACAAAUCGAUUUCAAUAAGUUUGUCAGUGUUUGUCGGGAAAAGGCGACGCACAGACGUUAGCAGACGUUGUUCGAGAGCGCAUCGCAAAGCAAAGCAACGCAACGCAACGCGUACGAAAAUAUUUUUUGGGCGCGCAGAAGAAAGUUGAGUUCGCUUCAUUUCGUUCGUUUCGUUUGUUCUGGCAAAAAGCAAGUGUAUCCGUGUGUGUGCGUGCGUGUGUGAGUGUUUAGUGUGCGCGGGGUGGAGUGCGAAGUGAAGAUGCGAUAAACAGCAGCAGCCUACUGUUGUUGUUGUGUUUGCUAAACAAAUAAAGGAAAAACAAAUACAAAUACAAAUACAAAAUUCAAACACAAACAUCAUGUACAAGGAGAAACGAAAACGGCUUCAAUAAUAAUAAUUAUCAACAUCAUCAUCGUCAUAUUUCGAAUGUGGAAUACAAGAAAUGUGAAUUAAAUGCUGUAAAAACAACGAAAGCGAACAAAAAAUGCAGCGUAAAUUACCAAGGAUCAAAUGAAAAGAUGCUGAUUGAAUGCAUUUCGCAGGACAUUCCUUGAAAUCUACAAAAACAAGAAAUAAAACUAAGAAAUAGUAAAGAAACACUGAGAGAGCAAGAGACAAGAAAAGUUAGAGAAAGCAAAAGUUAAGAGUUAAUUAGCCAAUGAACUACAAUACAGAGAACGUUGUAGCCGCAGCCGCAGCAGCCAGUCAACAUCAUCAUCAUCGUCAUCAUCAUCAUCAUCCGUAUCAUCAGGAGCCACAUCAUCAACACAUUAUUCCACUGCCCAGUUAUUCCUCCAGCCAGGCAGCGGCGGCGGCGACGUCCGGCAGCGGAGGGGGAAGCGGAAGUGGAGGGGGAGGAGGCGACAGUUCACCGAAAAACAUGGAAUGGACUAAUGAUGAUGCGUUGGAGCUCAUUGAACAGUAUCGCUGCCACACAGAGCUCUGGAAUCGUGCCGAUCCCAAGUACAAGGAUAAAUUGUGUCGUUUUCGCGCUUGGUCCGAGAUCGCGGAUCGUUUUGGCUGCAGCAAAGCGGAAGUGGAACGCAAAAUGAAUGUCCUGCUGACGCAAUACAGACGCGAGAAGCACAAAAUGUUUGUGAAAAUCUAUCAGGGCAUUCAGCCCAAUCCGUCCAAGUGGUAUGCGUUCAAGCGCUUCGACUUCAUGGAAGCCGGCGGUGGCAGUUUGAGUGGUUUACCCAACAGCGGUGCCGUUGCCAAUUCCUCCAUCACCUCAUCCGCCACAUCAUCAUCGGUCAGCCACAAUGGUCUCAAUGGCCUUGCCGCUGCUGCCGUUGCCGCCGCUGCCUACGAGAGCAGCACGAUUGCAGCGGCAGCGAACGGUGGCGCCCCAGGUGGCAUCGCAGGUGGAGGAGGGGGAGGAGGAGGUCCUGGUUUGAGUACAACUGGAGGAACAACGCCCGCAUCGCAGCACCACAGACGCAUCAAGACCAAAGAGCUCAAAUAUUUUGGAGCGAUGGCCCUCAACAUACCCAUGCUGAUAGCGAGCGGACAAACGCUGGACAACUGGAAUACGGCGGGCCAAUAUUCGCCGCCCAUAGGCAGCGCAGGGGGCGUGUCCAGCUCCCAGCAGCAGCAGCAGCAACUGCGGGUGCCAUUAUCCUACGGAGGAGGAGGAGGCGGAGCAGCGACCAGCAGCGAGUUUCAGCCAAGUCCGCACAAGACGAUCGAUACCUCGGACAACGAGGACAACAACAACAGGGACGAAGCAACAGCUGCAGCACUCGGACAAUUGGCUGCCAAAGUGGAGCGACGCACGCCGUCGGGACUUGCAGCCCCUGGAGGCGGCAGCUUAGACGUGGGCAUGGCCGUUGAACCAGGCGGAGAAACGGUGUCAGUUCCGACAGCAGCUGCUGCGGGAGGAUCACACAGCGAAGGCGGCUCGAGUCCCAUACCCAAUACGAAUGCGAAUCCCAAUGGCGGCAGGACAACACCAACAACGAAUAUGCACGAGGCGCACAAGCAACAGCAGCAUCCGCAUUCGCAUCCCCAUCCGCAUCAUCAUCUGCAUUCGCAUCUGCUGCAAACAAGUCCUGUGUCCGCUCGGGCUGCAACUCCGAGGCAAGCGCAUGAACAGCUGCCGCAUCAUCAUCAUGCACCCCAUGGACAUCAUGCCGAUGAGCUGGACAUUAAGCAGGAGUUGGUGGAUUAUUUCCAUGGCACAUCCGCAGCAGGAGCGGGAGCGGGGGGCGGGACAACAAGCGGUCCGCCUCCGUUGCCGCUGGACUCGCAGCGUUCGUACAGUUCGGCGGGCGAGGAGAGUCGCAGUCUGCAGCUGGACAUGGCGCAGGAUUUGCGUGUGGCCCAGGCCAAGGCACAGGUGAAUUUCGGUGGCUUUGUCCUCCCCCCGCGCAGCACUAGCGCUCAACUAGCGGCGGCUGCUGCGAAUAUGCCGCUGAAUAUGCGCAAACUGAGCUCAAAUGCCGGUCAGCUGUUGAUGAGCUCGCUGAUGGGGUCGAGGGAAAGCAUGUCCGAGGAUGGCGAGGCGGACAACGAUGAGGCAACCGAAUCCGCAGCGAGUCCCGGCCACAUCAAGAGCAGCGUCUCCGCUCAGGAUGCCAGCUCAGCGGUCCAGGCUGCGGCUGCAUUGUAUGCGGAGAGUUUGGGUCGUGACGAUUGCGAUUUUGUGGGAUCGAAUGUGUCGAUGAAGCUGCGAACGAUGGAUCGCACACAGCGCAUCAUUGCCGAGAAGCUGAUCAGUGAGGUUCUCUACUUUGGGCAAUUCAAUGAGUUGGAGCGCACUGCGCGUAUUCAGCCCAAGUGACAGUGGCGCCUCAAGAAGUGGCCAAGAGUGGGCGUGGAUCUAAAGCAGGAAGAGGUGGGGAUGACGGCACAGCGAGCAGCGGGUUUAACGCUCGCCUGGCACAUGGCAAACACAACUAGACGCAACGAAAUUCCAUUAUAGAAAAAGAAAACGAAAGCAAAAGCAAAUCAGUACAAUUUACUUUUAGUCCAUUUCUUGGGGUGCAGGGGCAAAGUUACUUAGAUGAAGAGGAGGGAAGGAGGGUCACACAAACAUACAGUUCACUAACCAAAACAGCAAUCAAAGAAUUAAAUACUUAACAACCUUCAAUAUUAAGUAGAGAUGCGGGGGAAGGGGCCUGAGACACAUCAAUAAAGCUGAACAGAAUCUCAGUAUUAGUUCAUAAAAUACAGCAACAACAACCACAUACAACAAAAAAUAGCAACAAUACAACCUAAACAUAGUUAAAUUAGUUAAAAAGUACUUUACAGGGAAGUAAAGAAGAGUUCUACGUCUGCUUCUUGGUCGCUUCAAUUAAAAAAAAAGGCAAAAUGAGAACAAAAAAAGGGAAAUCAAAAAUCAAAACACGAAAGACAAAAAACGCCUACUCAAAAGUAAGAAAAGAAAAUGAAAUGAAAUGAAACUAAAUAAAUAAAAUACUAUGCGUGUAUGUGUAGAUAACUAUUGUAUGUUUUUUAUAUGUCAAACUAUAUAUAUAUACAAUAUCAUUGUACCUUAUUUUGAAACAGCAAUGUUUUCGUAGUCAUUUAAGUCUGGUCGUCAACUAAAACAAACAAACACACAACAACAACACCAAUCGAUACAGUAACUGAAACCAACUAAAAACUAAACUAUACUUUUUAAAACA